UUUUAGUCGUCCUUUCCAUCCAUUACUAGAUGAUGAAAAAAAGGUAGUAGACGAAGUCUUCGCAAAUGCCAUUGAUGGCCUCUCAUCCGAAGAUAAAGCAUUGCCUCAAGUGGAGAGCAUUCUUCCUCUUCUUAAAAAGGGCAUUGGUAUUCAUCACGGUGGCCUACUGCCUAUAUUGAAAGAGACAGUCGAGAUCUUGUUUUGCGAAGGCCUGCUCAAGUGCCUCUUCGCCACGGAGACCUUUGCUAUGGGACUCAAUAUGCCUGCCAGGACCGUGCUCUUUACUUCUGCCAGAAAAUUUGAUGGUUCAAAUUAUCGAUGGGUAGUUCUUGUUAAUUCCUUUCCUCAUUUUGAAAUAAUUUAA